CGUCACUCACUCCAUGGUAGAACGCCUGAAUCGUUUACCCUCCGGAGGCAGCAACAAACAACCUUUUUUUCCUGACAAGGAUCAACCUCAACAAUAUUUAUAGCUGGGCAAUUCCCUGCGGAUUAUGGCCUUCUCUUCAUCAUUUCAUUUCCUGGUUGUCUUAACCAUUGUUCUUGUCUUCUCCCUCCGAUACUUCGGCAAUAAUCCAACGGUGCCCCCGCUGCAACAUCAUUCUACAGAUACUCUCUCGAAUACUUCGACACCAGCCAUGUCUACCGGACUCAAGUCAGUGGCGUACUUCGUCAACUGGGCGAUCUACGGACGCAACUACAAUCCCCAGGAUAUCCCUGCGGACAAGUUGACCCAUAUCCUUUACGCCUUUGCCAAUGUCAGGCCAGAGACUGGAGAAGUCUAUCUUUCCGAUACCUGGUCGGACAUUGAGAAGCACUAUCCCACUGACUCCUGGAAUGACGUUGGCACCAACGUCUAUGGCUGUGUCAAACAGCUGUUUCUGCUCAAGCAGCAGAACCGCAAGCUGAAGGUUCUCCUGUCCAUUGGAGGAUGGACCUAUUCCUCCAACUUCCCUGGCGCAGCCGCUUCGGAGGCCAACCGGGCCAACUUUGCCACGACGGCCACCAAGUUGGUCACAGACCUUGGCUUUGAUGGCCUUGAUAUCGAUUGGGAGUAUCCCAAAGACGAUACUGAGGCUCAGAACAUGGUUCUGCUUCUCCAAAAAUGUCGCGAGACCUUGGACAACGCGGCAGGUGCCAGCAGGAAGUUCUACCUGACCAUUGCUUGCCCUGCUGGUCCUGCCAACUACACUAAACUCAAGCUGUCGCAGAUGACGCCGUAUCUGGAUUUCUACAACCUGAUGGCGUACGACUACGCCGGGAGCUGGGACACCGUGGCAGGCCACCAAGCCAAUCUCUAUCCUUCCACCAACAAGCCCGCCUCAACUCCUUUCUCGACCAACGAGGCGGUGAAUUACUACACCCAGGUUGGUGGGGUCCCGUCAGCCAAGAUGGUGCUGGGGAUGCCGCUGUACGGGCGUUCCUUCACCAACACCGACGGACCCGGCACGGCAUUCUCAGGCGUCGGAGGAGGCAGCUGGGAGAACGGUGUCUGGGACUACAAAGCCUUGCCCCAGACUGGUGCCACCGAAAGCGUGGAUUCCAGCAUCGGAGCAUCCUGGAGCUAUGACUCCAGCGCCCGCACCAUGAUCUCAUACGACAAUGUGGCCGCCGGAGAGCUGAAAUUGAACUACAUCACUCAGAAGCAGCUCGGCGGCGGGAUGUGGUGGGAGCUCAGCGGUGACAAGGGCGGCAAGACCGCGAAUAAAUCGGACGGCAGCUUGAUUGGAACCUUUGUGGAAGGGGCUGGCGGGCUCUCGGCUUUGGACCAGACACAGAACGCGGUGUCCUACCCCGAGAGCAAGUACGACAACCUGAGGAAAGGUUUCCAGUGAGAGCUUGACGGGGCACAGUGGACGAUGACAUGACAUUUGUUGGUUCUUUCUUUCCUGUGAACAUGUUUCGGUUGCAAGUGGACAUAUACGAGAUCUACAUAGCUUAGAUGUGAUGAUGGUUUUUUUGAAUUUUUUAUUUCAUUUUUGCUGUUUCAA